AUAUCGAGGGAUCCAAAGUUUCCGUCGUUGGUGUUCGACGCGGUUUGUAAAGCGAAGCAGUCGGCGAAGCCCUCAUCGCCUUCGUCGGAUAGAGAGAGAGAUGGGUUGCAGCGGGAGUUUUUUGUAGAUCUGGUUCUGCCAUCAAUAUGGGAUCCAACUCUCCACCUGCAGGUGCUCCACCACCAAAACCAUGGGAAAGAGCUGGUGAUUCAUCAAGUCCUGCACCAUUUAAGCCACCAUCAUCGGGCAACACUAGUGAUGUCGUUGAAGCAUCUGGCACUGCAAAACCUGGUGAAAUUGUUCCAACUGUUGACAGGAAUAUUACUACUACCAAUAAUACUCUCACAGGACCUGUUCCUCCAAGGCCAUGGCAGAACUAUGGCACCAGUUACGGAGGUUACGGAUCAAAUGUAUACAAUUCGAGCUAUGGUUCUGGCAUGUAUGGCUCCUAUGGGGGUGUUGGAUCCUAUGGGGGUAGUGGAUCAUAUGGUGGCGUUUAUGGUAACAAUAUGAAUUCGGGCUAUGGGAGUUUGUAUGGAAGUUCAGGAAUGUAUGGAGGUGGCAUGUACAAUAGUGGCCUUGGUGGCCCUAUGGGCAGCUAUGGUAUGGGCAUGGGAGGUCCUUAUGGUAACCAAGAUCCAAAUAAUCCAUUUGGUCCCCCAUCAUCCCCGCCAAGUUUCUGGAUGUCCUUUCUUCGUGUGAUGCAAGGCGUUGUGAAUUUCUUCGGCCGAAUUUCUAUACUCAUAGAUCAGAAUACUCAGGCUUUUCACUUGUUCAUGACUGCCCUUCUUCAGCUUUUCGACCGGUCUGGAAUGUUAUAUGGCGAGCUCGCAAGAUUUGUUUUGAGGAUACUGGGCAUCCGAACAAAGCCUAAGAAUCAGCAGCAACCAGGACCUGGCGAAUUUCCUGUACCUGCUGGCCAAAAUUUCCUCGACGGACCUAAAGCUAGCGGCACAUGGGACGGUGUUUGGGCCGGCGACACUAAGCCUUCUUCUUAGACAUGCUAAAUUCUUUGAGCUCUGUGCGUUUGUAACCUAAAUGUCGAAUGGUAUAACGUGCUUUCCAUGGUCAUAUAUGCACUUAGCUGGGACAGUGUCGGCAUGCUACUCUCCCACUAGUGUAAUACUUACUUUCAAAAAGGAAUGACAACGUAUUACAAACGAUGUAAAACAUGCGUCGCUCUGUUUAUCUUUGUUCAAUAAUUUAAACGAUUUUCUUCCUGUA